CUGCUUGCUUUCACAUCCGGACUUAUUCUCCCUCCUAUUCGCUCCUCGGCGUAUCUUCGGUGAACUGCUCUCUCGCACCCUCUCGUUGUUUCUGCUCUCCCAUUAAGUUUUUUUCAGUGGAAGCUAGUGUGCUUGGCCUUCUGUAUAGUAUGGAGCAAGAAGGAAAGAAGGACAUUGAGAAUCCUCCAGAUGCAUCUUCUAAACCUGAGUUACUGGAAAUGGAUGACAGCAGGAAGGAUGCUGAAUCAACAGAGAAAAAUAACAGCAAGCAGCAUGCAGAGUCAUCAGAAAAGGAUGACAGCAAGAAGGAUGCAGAGUCAUCAGAAAAGGAUACCAGCAGUAAGGAUGCAGAGUCAUCAGAAAAGGAUAGCAUCAGGAAGGAUGCAGAGUCAUCAGAAAAGGAUAGCAACAAGAAGGGUGCAGAGUCAUCAGAAAAGGAUAGCAACAAGAAGGGUGCAGAGUCAUCAGAAAAAGAUAAUAAGAUGAAGGAUGCAGAGGUUGCACCUGAGGGAACUAGUAAAACAGGUUCAAGCGACAAGAAUACCCCACGACUGUUAAAGGCUCGACCUAAAAUUGUCAAGAAGUCUCCGGGUGGGAGUUUGAAGACCAAAAAGACCAAAGGGGCUCAAGGGGAUACAGGGAAUGUGGAGCAAGAAGAAAGUAGGAAGGAUGUUGAGAAUUCUCCAGAUUUGUCUUCUAAAUCUGAGUCUUUUGAAAAUGAUAACAGCAAGAAGGAUGUAGAGUCAUCAAAAACAGAUAAUGGCAGGGGUGCAGAGUCAUCAGAAAGGGAUAUUGGCAAGGAUGCAGAGUCAUCAGAAAAGGAUAAUGGCAAGGAUGCAGGGUCGUCAGAAAAGGAUGACUGGAAGAAGAAUGUGGAGUCAUCAGAAAAGGAUGACAGCAAAAAGGAUGCGGGGUCAUCGGAAAAGGAUGACAGCAAAAAGGAUGCAGAGUCAUCGGAAAAGGAUGACAGCAAGAAGGAUGCGGAUUCAUCAGAAAAAGAUAACAUGAAGGAUGCAGAGAAUUCCUCCAAAGGAUCUGGUCAACCAGGGACAAGUGACAAGAAUAAUCCUCAAUCAUUAAAGGCUAAACCAAAAAUUGUGAAGAAGUCUCUGGUUCGUAGAUUGAAGACCAAAGUGAGUAAAGGCGUUCAAGGAGACAUUGGGCAUAUGGAGCAAAAAGAAAGCGGGAAGGACACUGAAAAUUCUCUAAAUAUGUCUCCAAAGCCCAAUUUGUCAGAAAUAGAUAAAAGCAAGAAGAAUACAGAGUCAUCAGGAAAAGGUAGCAUCAAGGAUGCAGAGAAUGCCCCCAAUGAAUCUAGUCAACCAGAGUCAAGUUGCAAGAAUUCCCCACAAUCAUUAAAGGCCAAAUCUAAAAUUGUCAAGAAGUCUCAGGUUGGUGGAUCCAAGGCCAAAAAGACUAAUGGUGUUCAAGGGGACACCGGGAAUAAGGAACAACAAGAAAACAGGAAAGACAGUGAGCAUCCACCAAAUGUGUCUUCUAAAUCUGAGCCAUCAGAAAAAGAUAACAGCAAGAAGGAUGCUGAGAAUCCUCCUGUAGGAUCUAGUAAAAUUGAGUCAAGUGACAAGAAUACCCCACAAUCAUUAAAGGCCAACCCUAAAAUUGUGAAGAAAUCUCAGGCCAGUAAAUUUAAGACAAAUAAGAAUAAAGUUGCUCAGAAGAUUUGGGAAAAACAAAGGAGGAAGAAUAAGAAACUAUGGAGAAGCUCAGAUAAAAAAACUUCACUAGGCACCCGACUGAAGAGAACUACUGAUGAACAGCCUGAGAAGAACCAGAGGUAUGAGAGCAAUAAGGUGGACUGGCAUAAUAGGAGCAAUGCCAUGAGUAAAAAGAGUAAAGGUAGGGAUGGUGGAAUUAGAAAGAGUCAAUCAAAUGAGAAAAACAGAGAAAAACUUGGUGGCUUAAUCUUUAUGUGCAAUGCAAAGACGAAACCCGAUUGUUUCCGUUAUCGUGUCAUGGGUGUUUCAGCUGGUAAAAAAGAUGUUGUUUAUGGAAUCAAGCCAGGGCUGAAGCUUUUUCUGUAUGAUUUUGAUCUUAAGCUGUUGUAUGGGAUAUACCAGGCAACAUCUUCUGGUGGCAUGAAACUGGAACCAAGAGCUUUUGAGGGUUUGUUUUCUGCUCAGGUGCGAUUCUCCAUCGACAAGGAUUGUUAUCCGCUACCCGAGAGCGUUUUCAAAAGGGCUAUCAAGGAAAAUUACAAUGAAAAGAACAAGUUCAAAACAGAACUUACUGUUAGACAAGUUAGGAAGCUGACAGAGCUAUUCCGACCAGCAGGAAUUCAUUCUACUUUGCGCCCUGCCCGCUCCCCUCCAAAGGUGACUGUCCGGGAUAGGGAAGUUCGUGAUGGUGUAAGGGGAUCAAGGCUACAUUCCCAGAGGGAACGGCCUGUCAGAGAAUAUUAUGCCAAUAGCCAUUUGAAUAGUUAUAAUGGGCUGCCUGAUGGAAGAGAUCACCGGAUUGAGCAGAGAGAGGAAGUUCCUCGCCGGAUUGAACAGAGAGAGGAAGUUCCUCGCCGGAUUGAACGGAGAGAGGAAGCUCGUCGUGAUUUAUUUCUUACCGAGAGGGACUAUCGAGCUUAUGGUUUACAAGGAGAUAGAAGUGUUGUAGAUCCUCCAUCUCAUGUCAAUCCCAGGUUGGAUCGUUACGAGAGAGACUAUGAAAGGGAUCGCCGUCAACAUGUGGGCCCUAUCUACGGGGACAAUGUCCUUGUACAUGCAGAAACACUUCGCCCUGAUCCUCCUUAUUUGGAUGAGACCAAGUAUCAGGCCUACAGUCGUGGUACAAGACAUGACUAUGCAAAUGAUCUAUAUCAUCACUAUCACCACAGUACUUCAUCAAGGGACUCGUAUAUACCACCACCCUUGGCUAGAGAGGAAAUCCCUUCAAGUUCUUACUUUGCUGGUGAAAGAACCUUGGCUAGGGCUGAUGAACACCUUCGGAGGAGAGAAACUGGUCAAGAUAGGCGAUAUUCAACGUACUCAGCUGAAGCUCUGUCAGAAUAUAACCGGACCCAGCACUACAAUGGGACCAGGCCAGACGAUGCGCCAAUCCCAGUCUCAUCUCGUUAUUCUUUUGCUGGCCCUUCGUACUCCUAUCGCUAAUUUACAUGUGCGUCUUUACUCUCUUUCCAGAUUUCCUGAAGAUUAUUAUCCUUGAUAUUUAUUCACUGUUAUCUUGAAGAUUAUUGUCCUUGUCAUGAUAAAGUCACUGUAUUAGCCUAGUUUUACUGUACUAGCCAAGAUUUUUAUUUUUAUCCCAGGCUUCUUCGGUGGCUGUAAAUUUUGGGAGUUUUGAUUCAGGGAUGAUACUUGGCAACAGUGUAGAACAUGCUGGAUCUUAGGAGUGGCCAGUUCAACGGUAAUAAACAAUCAAAUGAAAAGAAGACAAUUUUAUUUAAA